UUAAUGGAUUUCUUUCUCUCUAUAAAUAUAUCAUAUAAACAAAUAACGGUCAACUUUUCUCAUUGGGCAAUUAUUUGAUUUAUAAUUUGGCUUUGGGAGAGCAAAAGAGGCUUUAUCAAACAUGUCUGGCUCUCUAAUGUAAUACUGUCAACAUACAUAUACAUAUCCAUCUCUCUCUUUCUCUCAGUCUUAUAUAAUCGGGUUCCUUUAAGUUGGAUCUGAAAGAAGUAAAGGAUAGAACGAUGUUAGCUCUCUCUCCGGCAAGGAACUCAGCAAGAGGUGGUUGCUUCGAUGGAGAGUCAGAGUUCCUUGCGACAUCGUGUGACUUCACCAUCAAUCCGGAGGAGAACUUUCCGGUGUUCGCUGACCACGGCGAUCUUCUUGACAUCAUCGACUUCGACGAUCUGUUCGGCGUCGCCGGAGAUGUGCUUCCUGACUUGGAGAUUGACCCUGAGAUCUUAGCCGGAGACUUUUCCGCCUCGUCCUCGUCGGAGAAGACUGAUAGUCAAGGGGAGACUAAUAAAAAGGGUAUUUCGGGAGAAGUCGUCAGCAAAAGAGACGAAGACGAGAGAGCUAUGUCGGAGAAGAUGGUGAACUAUGUCGACGGUGACAGUAACCGUAAAAGGAAAUAUUCCUCAUCAUCUGGUUCUUCUAAGAACAAUAGCAACGAAGGGAAGCGAAAGGUGAAGAAGGUGGAUUGGACACCGGAGCUACACAGGAGAUUCGUGGAUGCAGUGGAACAGUUGGGACUGGAGAAAGCUGUUCCUUCUCGUAUAUUGGAGCUUAUGGGAGUCCACUGCCUCACUCGUCACAACGUCGCUAGCCACCUCCAAAAGUAUAGGUCUCAUCGGAAACAUUUGCUAGCUCGUGAGGCCGAAGCGGCUAAUUGGACACGCAAACGCCAUAUAUACGGUUUAGACAGUACCGGAGUUAACAUCAAUGGUCGGAAUAAAAACGGAUGGAUCGCACCGGCACCCACUAUAGGGUAUGCGCCUCCCCCGCCUGCGGCUGUGGCGUCGCCAGCUAUUCAUCACCACCAUUUUAGACCGUUGCAUGUGUGGGGACAUCCCACCGUUAAUCAGUCUGUCAUUCCGCACGUGUUUCCCAAACACUUGCCUCCACCGUCUAGUGCCAUGGCUACUCCACCUUUUUGGGUCUCCGAUACUCCCUACUGGCCUAGAGUUCAGAACGGGCCGGCUCCGUAUUUUCCGACCGUAGCUACGAGGUUUAGAGCACCGCCGGUUGCCGGAUUCCCACAGGCUAUGCCGCCACAUCAUACGGUGUCCAAACCAGAUCACGGCUACGGUGGUUCUCGUUCUCUGGUGGACUUACAUCCGUCAAAAGAGAGCGUCGAUGCAGCCAUAGGAGAUGUAUUGACGAGGCCAUGGCUGCCACUUCCGUUGGGAUUGAAGCCACCCGCUGUUGACGGCGUUAUGACGGAGCUUCACCGUCACGGUGUCUCCGAGGUUCCUCCGACCGCGCCUUGUGCCUGAAACGGACAAGCGCCUGAGGCAGCCGAACCAACAAAAAUUCGACGACAUGUCUUUCAAUUCUUGUAUCUUUUUUUUCCAAGGGUUGUUUUAGUUAUGGUCCUUGUUGAGUGAUCGGAGUGAAGAGCCUGUUUUCUUGAUUGUCUCGGAUAACUAAUAAGGAGACCUUUUCAUAUACAGGGUGCUAUAAGAACACUCUAACGCAAAUAAAUGACAUAUAUGUAUAUAUUUCCUCUCUA